UUCACGGGUUUAAGUGGAGAUUAGGACCAUCAAAUGGGUCAUGCUACGUCUAAGCUCUGUUCAACAUGAGUAGUGUUGGGCCAUGAUAGUCAGAGGGCCCUAAGGCCUAAUUAAAAAUAUUUGUAAAAUAUAUUAUUAUAAUAUGUUGAGGGAUAAUUUUGCAUAUGCAUUGCUUUAGUAUAUUGUUUAUAAUUUUAAAUAUUAUAUUUGAAAAUUAUAGUUUGUAUGCAUUUUAUAAGUAUUCAAUAUAUUAAUUUUUAUUGUAUUUAUUAAAAUUGUUUUUUUAAUUUUAAAUCAAGACAAUGGGCCAAACCCGUGUGGGUUGGAUCCUUUGGGUGUUCUGUUGGGCUCUGUUUGUGUAAUGCGGGUUGAUUUGCUGUACACAUAUAGAUUAGAUGUUAAUAAAUGUUAGCAAAUAGCAAUAAACACAUUACAAGGAGGUAUAAAAAGUACACUCUAUGGUUAUGGAAGUUGUAAUAAAAGAUUGAAUCAUACUUGGUGUUAGUGAGGAAUCUUUUUUUUUUCUUAAAAAUAACCUAAUUAAAUCUUUGUUUUUAUAAAACCAUUCAAAAAUGUUUUAUUAGCAGUUAAAAAAUAUGAAUAGGGUACUUAAAAAUAUGUAUUAAAUAUGAAUAAGGUGGCGGCCACUCAUACCUUAUGUUACUGUGAUAGAAUUAUAUAUAUACAUUUAUAUGAAUAUAAAUCUAAUUAGAUGUUAUAAUUGAAGGGAGUUUUGUUAUAGGAGCACAGGGAGAAUAUUAAGAAGUAAGAGUGAGAACAAGAAGUGAAGUGAAGUGAAGUAGCCUUUGAAUCUUUUCCUAUUCUUUUUUCAAACAAACACGAUAUAGAUAGAUAAUAAGAAAAUGAGAAAUAGUAAAACAGUACAGAUUGAGAUAUGACCGUUAAGACGAAGUUCAAAAUUCUUAAAAGAUGUCCCAAGUUAUUAUAAAACAGGAAGUGGGUGGGGGAAACCAGAAACAGUCAAACAACUUUGCUGCAUCUGACAUCAUCAUCUUUUUUUCUAUUGUUAUCAUUAAUAAACUUAACAAACAUACAAAGCCUCUUAACGGCUCUAUUCGAUUGCCCAACUCACCCCCCGCCGCCCUCUCCUCAAAAUUUGAAUCUCUCUCUCUCUCUCUCUCUCUCUCUCUCUCUCUCUCUGUGAAAGAAAGCCACACAAUUUAAACCAGACAAAAAAGGGGUUUCUUGGACCGUGAACCCUCCCUUUUCCACCAUUCAAAAUUUUCCGUCUUUCCAGUUUCCCCUUCACCUCAUCAGCUUCCAUUCCUUGACUUUCUUCUCUCUGCAAUUUGAACAACACCCCCCCCCCCUCUUCUCUCUUUCUCUCCCCAGAUGGGUUGCUGUUUGAGCAAGAAAACCACCAUUUGUUCUACCACCAACGAGCUUCCAGAGAAAAUUCCCACCCAAGAACCAGACAAGAAAACGGCCGAAGAAGCCACUGUGAAGAAGGAGAUCUUCAUCAUCAAGCAUCGCAAGAGCCACGACGUCGACCCCAACUCCAACUCUGAGGAAGAAAAACCUAAAUCACAUCCCAAGCCCGAUUCUGAAUCCGAGGCCGCAUCGGAUGUUGCUAAGAGCACUGUAAACGGCGCAACGGAGAAUUUGAUAAAUGGGGGAGCAGCGGUUGUGAGGACUUCAAGCUGUACCAAAGAGGAGGUCGAAGCCAUUCUCAUACAGUGCGGCCGCCUCAGCCGGAGCUCCUCCACCGGAAAAGCAGAUCUGGGCAGCACUCAGCGUGGCCGGAAAUAUUCCGGUUCCAAGAGGAGCUAUGACUUCGAUAACGAGACUUCCAAUAGUGAAGGCAAAGAGAAGAGGAAAGGACGGGAUUAUACUGAUGAUGGAAACUAUGGAGAUGUUGACGAUGGUGGUGAUGACAGGAUCCACCGCCACCGCCACCGCCACCGUCAGUCGAGGGCGUCCCCUGACAGGAGGAGGACGCCGAGUAGAGAAAGGGAGCAGCAGCAGCGGUCAGGCAGCCGAGAAAGAGUUGGCAGCGGUGGUGGGAGGAGAGUGAGCCGAUCUCCCGGCAGACGAUCCGAAUCGCCGAUCACCGGCGCCGCUACGUCCUCCGGAAACGCCAAUGUGAGUAGUACUAGUAGGCCCGGGAAGAUGGUGUCUGUUCCAGCAACGGUUUCUUCACUGGCCAUGGACAAGAGCAACAUUGGCAGCGGAGCUGAUGCUUCUUCGGCUGCCGCCAUUAAGCGGAUCUCAGUGAAGAGGAAUGCUGGAGACCAGGCAUUGGUCUCCAGAACUGCGGCGUCACCGCGAUCCCGAUCCCCGGCAAGGGGAAACGGGAGAGUUGCCGGUGAGCAGCCAUUGUCGCUAAGCCGGAGUAAUUCUAGGAAGGCUGAGCAGUCGCCUUAUAGAAGAAACCCACUGGUUGAGAUUGACCAAAAUUGCAUUGGAUUUGAAGCAACCCUUCCCCGGAACAAGCCGGCCAGCAAUGUUGCAUCCCAGGGUCCAGUGCAGAAACCAAAUUCUGAAAAUGCCAAAAUCAGCAAAACAACUGAUUACAGAACCAGCAAUGGCGAGCAGGCAAUGGCCAACAAUGUUGUUGCAGUGACAGUAGUGAGCUCAGGAGCUGAAAGCCUGAAGCCACAAACAAUCACUAGAAGCCGGUCCUCCAGGUUGUCGAGAGACCUGGACAUCAACCCAGAUGCCUUGUUGCUGAAUCCUGCCCCUUCUUCGUAUACUGCGCUAUUGCUGGAAGACAUACAGAACUUCCACCAGAAAAGUGCCCCUGCCCCGGCUGUCUCUCUCCCGGCGUGUCUCAGCAAAGCCGCCUCCAUCCUUGAAGCGGUUGCAGACCUCAACUCCGGUACCAGCUCCAAUCUUACCUGCAAGUACACCACAGCUGAGCAGUUAAACAAGAAAGAGGAUAACUUUUCAAGCCUUGUUGGGAGGAAGAGAUCAGAGGGCAAGGAGCCUUUGGUGGAGUCUGAAGUGCUUGUAAGCAAUGAUCUAAUGGAGCCAAGCUUUCACAAGUAUGUUACCAUGAGGAGGGGAACAGUGGGAAGCGAGGAUAUGGAAGAGCAAGAAUCCUCAGGGAGCAACAGCUUUGUGGGUGGCCAGCAACAUUGGGUUUCUUCUUCAUCAUGGGAACCCAAUUCGGCUGAUUCAACCGACCGGUGGACUUCGAACACCAGAGAGAGCGAGAAGAGUCCAUUGGGAUUCGAGGGGCACGUUGGAGCCGGGCGCGGCAGAGUGAAUUCCGGUAGAGAUCUUCAUCCAACCCCAACAGCUGCAGCUGCAUCAUCCUGAAUGAAUACAUGAGAUGAUCAUCUCUUUCAUUUGUAACUCUCCAAUUAGAACAGGAUUUUAAGUGGUUGCACACUUGCAACCUUCGUUGUAACUACUUCACGUCGACAGGAUUGUUUUCAGCUAGAAAGUUGCUCUCUUGUUCUCAGAAUUGAACUCUCCCCAUUAGGCUGUGAUUUACAUGUAUCCAGAAGGAAACGACUUAAAACACAUGCUUCAAUUCGAAUAUG